AUGUCUGAACCAAAACAAGUAAUCGAUAUCAAAGCCGACGCUCUGCGCGUCUUCCACAUCCUCAAAACCGGUGGUAUUGCCAUCAUCCCCGCCAGCGUCGGCUAUGGCAUCGUGGCCAUCGACCCCGAAGCCCUACAGCGUGUUUUCACCACAAAACAGCGCCAGCCACACAAGAAGCACGCCAUGAUAGGUAGCUAUGCGCUCCAUCGCGAACUACACAUUCUCCCUUCACGCGAAGCAGAAAUGGUCCGUCUCCUCACCGUCGACCUCGACCUGCCACUAGGUGUAAUUGCGCCAUUUCGCGAAGAACACCCAAUUAUCCAGAAACUGGGAAAGGAGACACUGCAGCAGAGCUCUGUCGACGGGACGCUCUCCAUGCUCGUGAACGGGGGCAAGUUCCAGGAGGAACUAUCGCGGUUGGCUACUGAAGCCGGGCUCCCGCUUAUGGGGUCAUCGGCCAAUCUAACUGGAAAGGGGACUAAGAGUACAGUCGAGGAUAUUGAGUCGGAGAUUAGUGAAGCAGUGGAUAUCAUCAUCAAUUAUGGUCGACAGCGGUAUUCUGCGCCGCGGCCGUCGUCGACUAUGUUUGACUUCAAGAAUAUGCGAUUGAUGCGGUUUGGAGCGUGCUUUGAUGUGAUCCAAGAUGCUUUUUGGAGGUUUUAUGGGAUUCGGUUGCCGGAUGAUCCGGGGAGAGAGGUGCUCUUUUCGGGGCAUUUGGAUGCGCGUGCGAAUGUUUAUAACUAG